AUGUCCACAAUCACUUGCAACGUUAUCGACCGUCGUAUUAGCAGCGCUGCUGCAGGUAUGCGCGUUGUGCUCCGCUGUAUUCAUCCCAACGAGGGCAGAGAGUUCGAAGAAACUACCAGUCCAAAUGGUGUCAUCUCAUGGUGGAAGUCGAGAGGUCACCCUGAAAUAAGUCUUCUUCAAUACUUAUUCAAUCACCAAGAUCAAGAACAAAUGUGCUGGCACAUGCAGUUCUCUACAACCGACUACUUUGCUCCGAUUAUUCCUCACUAUAUCUCCGCCGAUAUUUCAUUCGUUCUUUUUCGUGGGCAUCAAAUUCCGAGUGUUUCGCUCUAUGCCGAUAUACGUGGCUUUGGAACUUGGGUUGAAACACUCAUUGCUCCGCCACUUAUGCUACCAGCUAUACCACCUGUCGUCGCGUUCAGACCUCAACCCCGCCAAUACUUCAAACUUUCGCCAAAUCAGGAAAAGGUUUUAGCAAGUCAUUACGUCGACGAGCCAUAUCCAAACAAAGAAUGCUUUACCAAGUUGUCAGAGGGCCUUGAUUUACAUCCAGAACAGACUGAGAGAUGGUUCGAAAGAAAACGAAGAGCUCAAAAGCAGCAGCAACAAAAGAGAUGCUUAUCACAAAGCGACACCACAACUUCACAAACAAGUGCUAAGAGCACUAUUCAAAACCUUCAGAGUAUUCAGGAAGAAAUAGACUAUGGAAUCGCCAAAGUCAUUCCCGAAAAAGACUUGACUUUCUCCCCACAAGCUCGACACCCUCCCUUGGCCAUGGAUGAGAUGUUGUCGAGUACCGCUACAGACGAAGAUGUGACUAUUACCAGCCCGGUCCCCAUACCUAGUUCUAUAGACAGCGCGGAAUAA